AUGCAAGAGGAAGCAGUGCCGCAGUUGGAUGCGAGAAAAGCUCAACGACAACUUUCAAAGGGGCAACGUGACACCAUAAACUUGGUGAUGAGAGAAUAUAGGAUGAAGUUAGCACAAGUUGGAUACUGCAUUAAUGGGAUUGAUGCCAGCACUGGAGUAACCUUGGAACUCAUUGAUGCAAUUGUGGAAAAUU